AUGCUAAUUUCAGAUGAUGAUUCUGAUGAUGAUGAUUAUAUUAGUGGUGUUUGUGGUGGUGGCGGUUGUGGUUUGUUAGAUAUGCUGUCUUCAGAUGAGGAUUUUGAUGAGGAUAAUGAUUAUUCUAGUGGUGGUCCUGAUGAUGAAUUGGAGGUAUGCUACUUAUUUUUCAUCUUAUUCUAA